AACAAACCCCUUUAGAUCCGCUCCAGCAGCAGAAAGGGACCCAGCCCUCAUUAAUGAGUAUAACCCAUAUAAAAAAGGGAAUCUAGUCCCCAUUAAUGAUUAUAACUCAUAUGCAAAAAAAAGAGACGAAUUCCUCAAAAAUGCGGCAGUAAAACUUUCAGAUUCGAACUCAAGCAAAUUGGUGGGAAAUAAUGCAGAAACACAAACUUCAGAACCGGGCCCAAGCAAACAAGCGGGAAAAAGUUCCUCUAAAGAAAAAUCAAAAGGGCGUAUCGGCGGAAACAAACUAGAGUUUGCUCAAUUAAUAAUCCAGUUGGUUUUUGGAGUUGCACCCGUGUUAUUAAUGACAUGUAUUUUUGCUGUAUGGGAGAAAAACAAUGUAAAUAUUGCCAAUUCAAGCGGCAAAACUAAAUACUAUGCGCUGUACUGGCCUGUUCAUCUUUUUACUCGCUGUGCGGUUGGUGCUUCGGCAGGUCUAAACUGGGCAUGGAUGGUAUGGAAUUUCUGUGCCGAUUACAAUGAUAGGCGUCGCUGGUGGAGAAAACUCAAUCGUAUCUUUGGCGUCGUUGCCACUGGGCUGGCUGCGCUCAAUGACAGACAGCUGGAUGCAGUGUUUUUUGAAGACAAGUCUACUAUACUUUAUAUCGGAAAGGGAACGAGGUUCUACAGAACCCUUAUUAUUGUGUGCAUGUGCUUCUACUGCUUCGCACUUGUGUCGUAUGCGUGUUUUUCGGCUGAAAUUAAGCACAAGAGACGUUGAGUGCUGGUUGCUUAUGGGAUUUAUUUUUACCUUUUUUAUCACUAAUUAUGCUAUAUUAAAAUAUGUACUUUUAUUAUUAUUUUAGCAAAUUCGCCUACAUUAAACACUACAUGCUGCCCAUUUUAUUUUUACUAUUAUAAGCAUUAAAUUUAGCAUAGCAAUUUAAAUAUUUUAUACCUUGCACUAUAUACUUUUACCCACUUCUACCUUUUUCCACUUCCAUCUACUCCCAUCUUCCGUCUACUCUCUUCUACUCCCUUUUACUUUGCAUUCAUAUAAAUGCGCAUUAUUUAUUUGCUUGACCGUAACAAUUUUUCAACUGUCUUUACACGCGUG